AACUUCCUGCUCCGGACAGAGGAGCCUGCUGGGAUGGGCUUCAGCAGUUUUUUUUUGUCAGCUGGUGCCUGCGACUACGUCAACUACCUAACAAGACAACAACAAGUUAACUUGGGCCAUUAAUUACGAACAACCUGCUUUCAGAUGGGUGCACCGAGGGCCCAGACUCCGCGGCAGCAAGCUGACAAACUUUAACCGGCAGCAGCCUCUUUGCAAGCCUCAUGAGAGGGACAGUUUGGUUGUCCUAGCUUGCUGGCUAACGUUAGCUAUUUGUCUGCUGAGCUAACGACUGGGGAGAUGUCUUUUCGGCAGAAAUACCGUCGCCCACCGGCGAGUAUAAAGCAGGAGCAGGACGACGACUCUGACGCGGAGGAGACUCACCUGGGUCUGAGGAGGACGGACGGGCUGGAGUCCCAGAUCAUCCACAGUGGACACUUCAUGGUGUCGUCGCCCCACAGCGAGCACCCCCCGAAGAAAGGCUACGACUUCGACACUGUCAACAAACAGACCUGUCAGACUUAUCAUUUUGGCAAAGCGAGCGCAUCGCACUUCUCCAUAGAUGCUUCACUGACCAAACUAUUUGAAUGCAUGACCCUCGCGUACAGUGGUAAGUUGGUUUCUCCCAAAUGGAAAAACUUCAAAGGGCUAAAGUUGCUUUGGAGAGACAAGAUCCGCCUCAACAACGCCAUAUGGAGAGCCUGGUAUAUGCAGUAUGUCGAGAAAAGGGAGAAUCCCGUUUGUCAUUUUGUGACCCCCCUCGAUGGAACUAUGGACUUGGACGUGCAUCGUCCUGCGGAGGCUGUUGCCACAGAGGGGAAAUGCUGGAAAAGAAGAAUUGAAAUUGUCAUAAGAGAAUAUCACAAGUGGAGGACGUACUUUAAGAAAAGGUUACAGAAGCACAAGGAUGAUGACCUCUCAAGCUUGCUUAAGGGGCCAGAGGAGCAGUUAUCACUGUUUGGGGAAGUCUCUCCAGACAUGCUCCGUGUCUCCUUUUAUCAGGAUGAAGAGAUUGUUGCACGCCGCGUGCCUCGUAAGCAUAAUGAAACACCCGCCCCUAUGGAGAUGGACCCUCUCUUUGACAUGGACGUUCUGAUGUCUGAGUUUUCAGACACGUUGUUCUCCACGUUGGCCUCGCACCAGCCCAUAGCCUGGCCCAAUCCGAGGGAGAUUGCUCACGCAGGGAACGCUGACAUGAUCCAACCAGGACUGAUCCCCUUACAACCCAACCUAGACUUCAUGGACUCCUUUGAUCCACUUCAAGACUUAUUUCACAGCCUCCGUCAGCCCGUCUUCCCCUCUGUUUCCCCCACUGCAUCAUCUGUCACCCCUCUACCCAGCAGCAGCUCUCAGUCACAGGCCCAGUUAAUGUCCUCCAUGCAGCUCACAAGCAACCACAUCUCCCCUCCUGGCCCCCUGCCCAUCCCCACUCCCAUGGCCAGUCAAACCAGUGGAACAGGUGGUGGUGGGGAUGCUGCCUUUGUACAAAACUACAUGCCUCUGUUUCCCGGGCACGUGGCGCCCAGUAAUCAAGCAGUAGUUUCCUCAGUCUCUCAGACGUUAUCCCAUGAUCCGCUGGCACAGUGCCUCCCAGGUCAGAGCAUGGUCUCAGCAGCACCCAUGGUUCCCUCACCCUUGGACAACACAGCAGCUCUGGACGAGACCGUAGCACCAUCUGUGAUCACACACACAGCCUCUUCCAUUGUCACACCCAGCGCCGCUGCCACCACCUUCACCCACGGCUCAGAAUAUAACUCCAUAUCCACACAACCUCCACCUCCUCCGUCCCAACUCCAAUCCUUAGCUCCGCUGCCUGCCACCUCUGUCCAGCACCCUCAGACGUUUGUCUUGCCUCGCCCCUUUCAGUCAUCCAGUGCCAACAAAAACCGCCCCGUGCAAAGGAUUGCUCCUGCUAACCCCGUCCACCCCCCCCAACUUAUCCUCACAGGGCCUUUCCCAGGUCAUGGCAAUGCUGUGAUUGUUACACCAACGCCGAUGAAAGCAGAGGUGGGCCCCAAUACAGUGGUGCUCACUCCUCAUCUUGCAGGGUCAUCUGGAUUUCAUGUUGUGUCUCAGACGCAAAAGUCUCCCCAGCCGAUUGUCCCCAAAGAAAAGUCUUAUUCUUCCAGCCGCAAAAACCAGAAACCCUCCUCUAGUGUCGGUCACAGUCAGCCAGGAUCAGGUCAAGGGUCGCCAUGUGCACUAGAUCAAGUUCCUAGUCCCCAGUCACUGAUCAGCAGCAGCAGUACGCCUCUGGUAAAGAAUGAGCAAAACCAGAGCCGGAGAACAACACACAUAUCUGCUGAGCAGAAGAGAAGAUCAAACAUAAACAUUGGCUUUAAAACACUCUGCAACCUGGUUCCCACACUUAAGUCCCAAUCAAAUAUCAGUAAUGCAGUCACAUUGCAGAAGACAGUAGAGCACAUUGGGAAGCUCCAGCAAGAGAGGCAGCAGAUGCAAGAAGAGGUCAAGAGAUUGCGAGAAGAGAUAGAGGAGCUCAACGCCUCCAUAAACCUGUGCCAGGAACAACUACCUGCAACAGGAGUGCCCAGCACGCGGCAUCGCUUUGACCACAUGCAAGAGAAGUUCAAUGAAUAUAUCAAGAGCCGCACUCUCCAGAACUGGAAGUUUUGGAUUUUCAGCAUCAUUAUCAAGCCUCUCUUUGAGUCAUUUAACGGGAUGGUGUUAACUACAAGCAGAGCAGAGCUGUGCCAGACCACGCUGCAAUGGCUCGAUCGCCAUUGUUCCCUUCCAGUGCUCAGACCCAUGGUGCUGAGUACGCUUCGUCAGCUGAGCACAACCACGUCCAUUCUUAGCGACCCAUCCCUGCUGCCUGAAGAAGCCAUCCAGGCUGUCACGCACACAGACGUGUAGACUGGCUCGCAGAGGAGGCGAGGUGUCCUGAGGAGCCUCCACACCACGUCAUCAUGAACCUUCCAACAGCAAUCGUCCAAAUGACAUAUCACUACUUUACCUUAUAGCCAUUCAGCAAGGUCGCCAGGUCUUCCACAGAUCCACGACUUCCUCCGGGAUAAUAAAUGAGAGAAAUGCAAGCUACAUCUGGCUUACUUUGUAUGUACAAGGGUCCUGCAUUUGUUCUGUUGCACACUGAUUCUUUGGGAAUGAUGCACACGGGGGGCCCUACCUUUGAUUUUUAGAAGCAUUUUAUCACAUUAUAUUUGAAUGACAGCAACAACCCUUGGUGAUAAUCUUCGAAAUACAUUAUUGGAAGGGGGUACUUGUUUGCUUUUUGAACAACAGUAUAUAUUUAAAUUGAACUUACUUUUAUAAUACAGAAAACACAACAUUGUGUUGAAAAAGGGAAAUAUUGAGUGAUUGAUAAUUUUGUGUCUUCUCUUAGAUGUAUAAAGUGUAUGGACAUGAUGGUUUGAUCAUGAGGAGAUGAGAUGAAUGUGGGAUUUUUAGGACUAUAGCUGGCAGUAUAGUGGUCUAUAAGAUAAGAGCUUUAUUGUAUUUUCCACCCCUCAUUUACUCAGGUGAAUGCCAGUGAACAAUAGUGGUUUCCUGGUGGCUUUCUGUCUGUGCUGAACAUCCUCCUUCAUACUUUGCUUGCUCUGCCCAUUUCUAGUGAGUUUGACUGCAAAAUGUACUAGAAAGCAGUCAUCUUAGAUACACACAUGGGUUUCUACUGGGCAAGUCGCAGCAGCAUGGAGCGAUAUUACUUACAGCCCUCAUAGGGAGCAUAACUGAAAAAAGCAGUACAGAUUAUUCACAUGUACGGUGUUACAAGAUCUUAGCUGAAUGCACAGUAGCUGUAGGAGUAUUUUCUGUUCUUUAUUGGUCACUCAGGGCUGCGCUGGUGAGCGUAAUUAUUUACCAUUCAGCUAUGAACAAAUCAAGUCAGGAUCCUUCUCAGCAGGAAAACAUUUUGGCUGUAACAUCACAUAGUUUGAUUUACCAAUGUCUCUGUUUUUCUGCUGGAAGUUACACUAAUUUAUAAUGUGUGGUAAUGGCAGACGCAGGAGAAAACACACUGAAACAGACCAAAAGCCAUAUAUGAUUGUGUUACUGACAACAUCUGUUGACGGCUUGAGAAUUAGACUCUGUCAGCCUUAAGGUCGAAUAAAGUGCCCUUACCGGUGAUCUCUGCAGGCUGAUUAGUCUGUCUUUUUCUUUAAAAAAAAAAAAAAGAUUUGUGGUUCAGCACUCCUCAGGCAGACAUGGAUUUUGUGACUUGUGUUUUUACUUUCUGUUCUGCAGAACAACCGAGUUUACUCUUUGACUUUUACAGUAGAAAAAGGAACCAUUGAUAGUUGUUAUUUGAUAAAUGAGCAGCUUUUUGUGUGCCGUCAUGUUGGUUUUUUACUUUUCUACGACAUAAAAAUCACUUUAUCACUUAAGAUUUACCUGUGCAUGUAAAGCUGCUCAAUUUACAGUAAGACGGGGAUGGCACUUGUAGCCUAUUUGCAGUGUUGACUCAAAAUAGGCCAAUGUGAUGUGGCAAGUGUGAAGUAUAGAUGUCAUAUUCACCCAAAAGGAUGUUAUUGCUACUGUAAGAAAAUUAAACCCCACCUCUGUAUGCAGUUACGGGGAUGAUUUUGUGAUUAUGAUUGUUUUUUUUCCCUUCAAACUGAGAAUUGAGACAUGAUUUAACUUAUGACAUAAAGCCCUAAUGUUCCACUGCAGCUUGGCAUUUGUGUGGUGAUUGUUUUGUUUCUUCUUCAUCCAGUGAUUUUAAAGUGUUUCGUCAUACCAGGUUGGAUUUCUAACUUGUUUGAAGUUUCUGUGAAGGCGUUUUGCUCUGGAUGAUUGUACAGUGUAUUGUUGCAGAUUGGUUCUGCCCACGUUUUCCCCCCAAAUUUAGUAUUGUAUUUUAUUUGUGUAUUUGUGUUAAACAGUAAAGAUAUUUUCUUAUGCUGCAUCUGAGUGUUUUUUUCCCCCCAAAGUUCCCAAAUGUCUUCAUGCAACAAGCUUCAAGACGCCUUAAAUGGUUGUGAAACACAAUAAAAGCAACACAAAUGAAAA